CCCUAAUGGCGCUCAGACGCCUCUGUAGAACGUUAACAACACAUCAAAUAUUCAAUCUGUUUUAUUAAAGCAAUCUUUUUGCAAAAUCAAGCGCGUAAAUUUCACUUAAAAUGCAUAGAGGGAUCAUGAAGUUUAUUACAAGUGACAGCGACGUUAGUGUUUUACUGAGAGAUAAUUGCUCCAGGAGGCUAUCGUAAUUAUACGGUCCAUAUUUCGCCAUAUUCCGCCUCGUAAACCAGUAGGCUCAAGCUUAAGGAUAUAGGAGACACAUCGGACACAAGCUGUGGCAGAUUACUCAUCAAUACCAAUCGACAUUUGAGAUACAGAUGAAGAUAUCUUGAUUAGUGUGAUUAGAACUGAGCUCCAAGUCAAUUGCUGAGAUCGACCAUCGAGUGGAAUCUUGGGUUUAUUUGGUCAAGCACUUUGUCUCGAUAGAUUUUAAUAAGUCUCUCGGAUUAGACUUCUCAGGGACUAACACAAUCUGUGACGCUCCGUCGGUCUAAGUGGAACCCAACUAAGCGAUUCGGGAACAAGUUGCAGAAGGCUCGAGGAACAACAACCAGACUGAUGCAGAACUUUAUAUCAUCCUAGAACUUUAGUUGUUGCUACACCAAAGUUCACCAGUCGGAUUAUACAAUCUUGAAUGCCAAAAGUGAAUUGUGCGAUAUUUUUCGUGCAUGUAGGGUUUUUAUGUUUUACCAGUGUAUUCAGAAUAUCAUCUGACGUUCUAUCAUGGAUCGAAAUAUAUCUAGGGGAUAAGUUCUGAAACAGACGAGAAUGUACACAUUUCAAACCGGUUUGAGGCUAUGUAAAGUAAAAUUACCAGUGCGAUACAGGAAACAAUUGGAAUAAUGUUUCGGACAUUUGAUAACUACUGAUGAGUCAACUCUUUUUCAUCCUAGAGGGGGAUCAUGAAGACAAAUGCUAGAAUUUUAAUAAUUUUUACAGUAUUUUCAGUAUUCACUGUCAACUUGUUAUUUUACAAAAGGUUGGAUUUUAACAAUAACGUCAUUAUGAAGAGACGAUAUGCUGUGGAGAAACGUAUGAAUAAAUUCUUCGUCGAUCCGAAUUCUGAACUUUCACCAGAGACUAUCGCACAAUCAAAAGACAUGAAGAAACAAAGCAACUCAAAACGGAGCAUUUUAACGAUGAAUCACAACGAAGAAAACGGUGUAAGAUUAAACAGCAACCCCAUUAACAAAGCUACAAAUCACUUUCAACAAAGGAUAAUGAAUUCUGACGAGAGAGGUAAUCGAGUUUCAGCUAAAAGGAGAUCAAUACGUCAUAUCAUUGCAGAUCAAAGGGGCAAUUUAAAAAGAUCUUGGAACCGGCAAUCCCAUAUCCUGCGCACUCAAAUGAUGCCCAACUCUCCCAGCCCAAGGACCUCCAACGGGUCAAGUUCUAUUGAUGAAGAUAUAACAAGAAAAUACAAAAGCAUUGCUCAAACUUAUAGAAAUCCCUUAAUGACAACGAUUUCAUCGACAUUAGAUAAAUCAGAUGGUGAAAAAAUAGUUGGAAAGAGCAUAAUAUCUGAUAACGACGAUGUAAAUAGCCCAAUCAUCGGUAUAAAUGCCAGCGAAACCAGGAAAACCUAUAAGUAUCUUAUCAACCCUUAUGAUAUCUGUAAUAUACCAGCCUCAGAAGGGCCUUAUGUUCUUAUUCUGGUACUGUCAAAACCCGAGCAUUUUGAUAGGCGAAAUGCGAUUCGGGAGACAUGGGGUAAUAUUGCAAGAACUAAAUACUCGAGACUUGCUUUUGCUGCUGGUAAACUUGUACGUGUUGUAUUUGUAUUGGGAAUUUCAAAUGAACCGCAUUGGAAACAUUUUAUUCAAAGCGAAAGUGCUACAUAUCGUGAUGUCCUACAGGGUGAUAUUUUGGAGGAUUACCGGAACCUCACCCACAAGUCUCUACUGGCGCUAGGGUGGGUCACUGAAUCUUGUUCCACCGUGAAUUUUAUAGUCAAAUCUGAUGACGAUACUUUUAUAAACAUACCAUUUCUAGUUAAGACCCUCAAGAAACAAAUAAACGAGAAUGUACUCAUUGGAGCAUUGAAUCCUCAUUCCAAGGUGCCAAGGCAGGGUCUCUGGAAAACUACGCGAAGAGAAUGGCCAGGGGAUUACUUUCCACCGUACUGCUCAGGGGUCGCCUACGCCAUGUCAACAAGAACUGCAAUGAAACUAAUGGAGACUCCCUCUGUUCCACUAAUUCAUCUUGAAGACGUUUAUAUCACAGGUAUUCUUGCAAAAGCAGCUUCGAUAGAGCCGAAAGGAGUUGAAGGCUUUUCAUUUUGGAUUUCAAAUCAACUAAAUGUAUGCGAUAUCGUUCAAGAUAAGAUACUUACUAGCCAUCAUAUCACUCCGCACACAAUGCAUGACAUUUGGAGUCAAUUAAAAAACAAAUCCGUCCAUUCUAAGUCUAACUGUAGGACGGUAAAAAGUUGAUGUAUUUUGUAAAUGCUAUACUGCUAUAUUGAUAUAGGGUAUACAGGAUACUAAUAACCUUAUUUCAAAGGGCGACAUAGUGAAAUCUUGGCCCAAAGGCCGAAAGCUAUUAGUUUCCUGACCACUUAUUGAAAACGAAUUCCAAAUUAGUUAUUUUCACUGGACUAGCGCGGAUAAUGACCACGGAAGGUGGUGAUAAAACGGUUUAUAAGCAUAAUUCAAGUUGCAGGAUCUGAAAUAUGCUCGUGAUUUGCAUGUCAGAAAAAACAAGAAUAAGUCCAUGUACAGGUCCAUCUCUAACACUAACACAUAUAAUCUCUGAUUAAUAAAUCCAUGGAACUCUGCUUUAAUGGAAUCCUCAAUCCUUCAUCAGCAAAUAAUACAUUAGGUGUC